AUGGAGUCCAGGAUGUGGCCUGCACUGCUGCUGUCCCACCUCCUCCCUCUUUGGCCACUGCUGCUGCUGCCCUUCCCACCACCUGCUCAAGGCUCUUCCUCCUCCUCCUCCCCUCGAACCCCACCAGCCCCAGCACGCCCCCCAUGCGCCCGGGGAGGCCCCUCAGCCCCACACCAUGUCUGUGUGUGGGAGCGGGCACCCCCACCCAGCCGAUCCCCUCGGGUCCCAAGAUCCAGGCGGCAAGUCCUGCCAGGCACUGCGCCCCCUGCCACCCCGUCAGGCUUUGAAGAGGGGCCGCCCUCGUCCCAGUAUCCCUGGGCUAUUGUGUGGGGCCCCACAGUGUCUCGAGAGGAGGGGGGGGAUCCCAACUCUGCCAAUCCUGGAUUUUUGCCCCUGGACUAUGGCUUUGCAGCCCCCCAUGGGCUGGCUACCCCACACCCCAACUCAGACUCCAUGAGGGGCGACGGAGACGGGAUCAUCUUUAGAGGAGCACCUUCCACCCUGCGGCCAUUCUUGUUCGGGGGUCGUGGGGAAGGUGUGGACCCCCAGCUCUAUGUCACAAUUACCAUCUCCAUCAUCAUUGUUCUCGUGGCCACUGGCAUCAUCUUCAAGUUCUGCUGGGACCGCAGCCAGAAGCGGCGCAGGCCCUCAGGACAGCAAGGUGCCCUGAGGCAGGAGGAGAGCCAGCAGCCGCUGACAGACCUGUCCCCGGCCGGGGUCACUGUGCUGGGGGCCUUCGGGGAUUCGCCAACCCCCACCCCUGACCACGAGGAGCCCCGAGGGGGACCCCGGCUUGGGCCUGGGAUGCCCCAGCCCAAAGGGGCUCCGGCCUUCCAGUUGAACCGGAUUCCCCUGGUGAAUCUGUGA